AUGGAUUUUGAAUAUCGCAUUUUGUGCUGUCAUGUCUCCAUCGAUGUCGCAAUUCUGUGCACAUUGGAGAUUAUCGUUAUUAUCUGCACCUAUUUGACAGGUUUUCAACAUCCAUUGAUGACUUGUCAGAAGUACAAUGUCACACUUUUGGAACGAUAUAAUGAAUCUCCAGUUCUCACAGAGCACAAAAUUUGCACUACAAACGGCCCACUCCUUUUUUGGAUUAUCAUUCAUGUCUUCACAGAUUUGCUUGCACUGGUUUCCAUUUAUUCUAAAAACACAAGAUUCAUCAUUGGAUUUCUAAUCGUCACUUCAAUGGAUUUACUCAUGUCGCUUGCAUACUUAGUUGUGUUGCUCGUUUUUAUUGUACUCGGGGAAGAUGUUGAUAAGGCACUAAUGGUGUUUAUAAUUGGAAUGGUUAUUUUCAAAAUUUACCAUGUUUUAUGCGGACGGCGAUUGUAUUGGUACUUGAGUUGGCAACAAGACAAUUUGAUAACUCCUCGAUCCGCUUUGGUGAAGCAUGAAGAUAACGCAUUCGAGUUUUAA